GGUGAUUGAUUUAAUCAACAGAAACUCAAAAUAGUGUGUUAUCUGAACCACAUUAAUUCACUUGAUUUAACAAAAGAAAAAAUGUGAUGAUAAAUAAUGAAAAUAUUGUUUUAGUGUAGAGAUGUGGCUGAAAGCAAAUCAAACGCAUCAGUCUGUGCAGUAAAUGGUCUCCUCUGUUGAGUGUGUACAGCAUUUUGCACAACUAGAGUGUAUAAAGAGCAAAUAUCUAAAUAUCUGUGAGAUGUCUGCAAAAAAACCCAAAGCACCUACAGCACCUUCAAGGAACGUAAUGUUCAAUGUGCAACGCUGCAAACGUGUCAUUUAGCCAAAGAUAUGAAGAAGAAAGCCUUGGGUAUCAUUAACCCUCCCCAGAGUCUCUCCAGCCAUGGAAAAACACAAAGCGUUUCAGUCAAUAAUCACAUGCGGUAAUUGGCGCAUGUAUUCAUAUCAUUCAGUCGGCGCUCUCAGAAGCCCUUAUUACAAUCAGCACAUUAAUACACAUCCACUUAUGAACAAUAAAGUGUGAUAAUGAGAUUCGUGUUGUCGUGGAAACUCCACGGCGCAGCAGUAUAAAGUGAGACCGGCGGCGGAGAGACGUUUGUCUGCGGAAAGAGUCCCAAACAUGCUGAAACUCUCCGACAGGUGCGACUCCAAGACGGACACCAGGAUCCUUCUGGACGCCAUCUCCAACGACAAGAUCCACCUGGCCAGGUUCAUCCUAGACGCUCUGGAUGGGAAGAUCAUCGACUCCGAGACCGAAGGGGCGCAGACGCCUCUCAUUUCUGCCGUGUUCCUCCGGGAUUCGCAGGCGAGGAGCAAGUUCAUGAAUCUCCUGCUGCAGAAGGGCGCGAGCGUGAAUCGUCCGGACGAGAGCGGCCGUACGGCGCUGAGUUACGCCUGCGAGAUGGGAUACCUGGAUGCGGUGAAGAUCCUGGUGAGGAACGGCGCAGAUCCCGAGGCGGCGGAUGCCUGGGGGAAUACGGCGCUCAUGUACGCGGUCGUGGCCGGACGUCCAGCCGUCGUGGAGUUUCUGGUGCGAGCUUUUAAAAGACUGGGUCUCCAGAUCGACCGGCAAAACAAGGUGGGAAACUCCGCCGUGGAGGUGGCCAAGCAUCUCGGACACUCCGAGUGUCUGCAGGCGCUCCUGAGUCACUCCAAGAGGAUUCAUGAGGACACACUGGCUGAAAGACUUUCCACCGUGAACAUCGAUGAAGAUGAGCUGAAGACCUCAGAGAGAAGAGGUCCACCUGAGGAUGAGACUCGACUUCACGUCAGUUUAACCCGUAAACGUUCCCUCGGUUUGCGGAACCGGAUCCAGUCGAUGGACUCUAUUGAGGAAUACGAGAGGGAAAGUGAUGCUUCACUGCCGCUAUCGUCGCAGGGCCUCACGUUCUCUGGUGUUUUAACAUCAAAACCUCCUCAGAAACUCUCACACGCAGAGCAUCUGCCUCCCUUGUUUUACUCGCCCAGACCCUCCAAAACGCCCUGGAGAAGCUCCGCACCUCCUCCUCCUCCUCCAUCAUCGGGUCCUCUUGGGAUUCUGUUAACUCCGUUCGGCAAAAGCGCCAGGGAAGAGCUUGAGAAGACUGAGAAAGCCAAGAAACUGCUGCCCGUCCGAAGGUUUGAUGACAGUUACUAUCAGAAAAGGUGCAGUUUACCUACAAGCACUCUCGCACCGGCGGCCCCGGAGCGUAACAGAAGCAAAACCGCGCCGAAGACCCCAGUGAAUGCUGGGAAGGUGGCGUACGCGUCCAGCUCUGUGAGCGCUCUCGGCGGCAGGCUGUUGAGGAGAUUCACUUUCCCAGAGCUCAGGAGGAGCAGGGAGGGUUGCGGCGCUCCGAGCGGAGCUUCAGAUCCGUGUAUCCCAAGGUCAGAGACGUUUCCCCUGGGGAAGAACCACCCUCAAGUAGGAAGCAAGCCGAGCAUCGACAGCAUUAGUGCGGUCAAGUGUGAGUUUGACUUUCAGAGUAAAGCUGCUCCUCAUGAGCGGAUGAACACGCUUGAACCGCAUCUGUGAGGAGAACUGACCUUCUGCUGUGACAACAAAUGUACGGUUAUAUAAGGCUUUGGAAUAUAGAACGAUAUCAACUAGUUACAUGAUUUAGGACAGAAAUGUGACCCUGGACCACAAAACCAGUUAGAAGUCGCACGGGUAUAUUUGUAGCAAUUUGUUGUUUUCUUUUAUGCUAAAAAUCAUUAGGAUAUUGAGUAAAGAUCAUGUUUCCUACAGUAAAUAUAUCAAAAAUGUAUUGCAUUAUGCAUUCCUAAGGACUUCAUCUGAUCAACUUUAAAGGUGAUUUUCUCAAUAUUUUUUUGCACCCUCAGAUUCCAGAGUUUCAAAUAGUUGUAUCUCUAACAAACCAUACAUCAAUGGAAAACUCUUUAUUCAGCUUUCAGAUGAUGUAUAAAUCUCAAUUUUAAAAAAAAUUGACCCUUAUGACUGGUUUUGUGGUCCAGGGUCACAAACAUUUUGGGUCAUUUUCCACAUUUUUCUGCCAUUUCAGAAAGAUGCUCAUCUGUGAAACAGAUUAUAUGUUUCUCAUCUGUUCACCAGCACUUCUGUAAAGUCAUUUCAAUUUUUUAUUUUUAUGAUAUUACAUUUCAUUUUUUAAAAUGUUUGCCAGUGUUUUGAAUACCAGUCGUUUAUGUUAGGGCAGACCGGGGCUAGUUGUCACAGUGGGUUUAUUUUUGAAAAAUCAAUUUCUGUUUAGACACAAACCUUAAAGUCUUAACUACAAAAAUAAAAUCUAUAUUUACAGUUACUGGAAGAAAAAAGAAGGUUUUGCUCCAGUCAAUAAUGGUGUAGUGUGUGUUUUUUCUUCAUUUAGCAGAGAAUGUUGUCACACUAUAUGGGGUAAGUUGUCACAACAGAACCCAUCAUUAAACAGCCUCUGCAUUAAAAAAAAAAAUAAAUAAAUAAAUAAAUAUAAAACUGUAAUUAAGCUUACUCUCAAGAAACUGUAAUUAAUAAAUUGCUUAAAAUUACGCACAACAAAUGACGUUUAUGAAUUUCUGAAAAAUACUCGUUUUAAUGUGAGUGUGCUGUGUAUUGAAUGUAGUAUAUAGAAUA